UCAUCUGCUAUCCGAACACGCUGGAAACUUAGUAACUUUCGGAAACUCUUAUGCCGCAGCAAACCCAACUUAUGUAAUGACGGCCUAACAUGGAGCCUUCAGGAAGCUUACAAAGGAAUUUACACUUAAAACGGUUAAAAUGGUUGUACCGGUGCUUAAAUCCCGUAGCAAUGUCUACUGGGUCUUGACGUUAGGAAUCUCAUUUCAAAAAUGGAAUGGUUUCUUUGAAUGACAUUCAGUGUUAAGCUAUUUUUUUUACUGACAAUAAAAUCCAUGUUAUAUAUGCAUAUAAACGACAACUCAUGGAGUUUAUAAGAUAUGUAAAAUAUAUGAGAAAAUAGUAUAUUUAUAUAUAUAUAUUUAUGUGAGUGUCUGUGUGUGUAUAUAUAUAUUGAUAUAUCGUUCAAAUUUAUAAAUAUAUAUAUAUAUAAAUAUAUGUCCGAACUUAAAAAAGAAACAAGAAAACUACUUUAAAAAACCCAGUAAACACGGAACAAUUCUAUGUUAAAGUCGCCGUUGCGCCAUGUUUUUAAAUUCUAAUCUUACGAGUGAUGUUUCAUUACGGAACGUGAUUUUAGGUUUAAACCUUAAUGUAAGCUCUAGCAGUGUCACAGCCAACAUUAACAGUGGAAACAACAGCAUCAGCAGCAGUCAUGUUAACAGUAGCAACGGCAGCCACAACAGCAGCAACACCAACAGCAACAACAGCCACAGCACCCUUUUCCUGAACGGUGAAGGCGUCAGUGGUAACCAAUUUUGGCAAGACGAUUCGUCUCUGAUGACUUUGCGAAUCGGUUUCACAGCUUUCGCUGUGCUCUGUAUUUUCGUUGCUAGUCUAGCUGGAAACCUCUUCGUCUGUCUGGUGUUCUACAAGCGGCCAUCUUUACUGACCAUUUCCAACCGGUUCAUUCUCAACCUGACCUGCUGCAACAUACUGAACACGAUGUUCGUCAUGCCGUUUGUCUUCGUCACGACCAUCACCCAAGAAUGGGUCUUCAAAGGUAUCUGGUGCCAGUCGACCGGCUUUCUCAUGAACCUUAUCUUCGCCGCCAGCACCCUAACGCUGGUCGUUAUUUCCAUCGAUCGAUAUUGCGCCGUCAUUAGCCCCCUUCAUUACAACAUGAGGAUCACAACACAUCGAGCCACAAUGAUGAUUAUCGGUGUGUGGUUAUUGGCCAUAGUGGCCUCGUUACCUCCCUUGGUCGGCUGGAACCAUUUCGAGUACCAACCUGAAAAAUACUCCUGCACAGUUCUCUGGCGCAGCCCCCAUUACUCAGAUCGGACUUACACGCUGUUUUUGUCGCUGAUAUGUUUUGUAACGCCCCUCAUGGUCAUGCUAUGGGUGUAUGUGGUUAUCUUUCGUGCGGCAAAGGACAAUAGUGAACGAGCGCGACGCAAUAGCGUCAUACCUACGAAUGGAGAAGAACAGUCACAGACUCCGUUAAGGUGUAGUAGGCGGCGAAGCAGCACGGCACCAAUAAUUCUCAGCCGCAAACUGAGCACAUCGAGCCGGACUAGUUCAUUACUCUGGCACCGUGAUGAGUGGAAGGCAGCCAUUACGAGCAUGUUGGUCGUUUCAACGUUCGUCGUGUGUUGGCUUCCAUAUUUCGUCAUCAUAGUACUGGAAUCUUCGGUGUUGCUCAAGUCUGAGGACAUUCACCCGUUCUUGCAAGGUGCUGCGAUAUUCUUGGCGCUGUCUAGCUGCGCUUUCAACCCGCUCGUGUACGUUUUCCGUAGCAAAGUCGCCCGACAAGAACUCGUGUCCAUUUUACAUCCGAGACGAAGUCAUCCCGCGCUGACGAGAGGCAAUUCAAACGGAGCUGAAACCGGUGCGUCGCUUCCAAAACGAGGCCCUGAUACCGGCCAGAAAGACGCUCCGCCACCAAAUAUUUCUGAGCUGUGCCAACCACAGUUAGCUCAGCUUACAGAAACAACAUUAUCAUCAACAGAGACAACAAACAAUCCAAAUUCAGCAUUAUGAAAGACAAUUUCUAUUUGUUCUUGGAACUUAUAUUUAUUAUUUAUUUAUAUGUAUAUAUGGCUAUAUAUAUAUUUUUUUUU